UGCGCGUCGGAUGAGCCCAACUUCCUCCAUAUAAAACGACCGCGCGGCGCGAGCGCGUCAGUUGGUGACGGAACUACGGGACGCGCGCACAAUACUACAAUGAAAUACCUAAGCACAUUAUUCCUUGCGGCGGCGCUGGCUGCAGUAGCGCACGCGCAGUUCCCCAACGGACGCAUCUUGGAGCCACCUGUGCCCUCGCAGUGUGUGCAGAGGGUCAUCCACGAGAGAUACGCCGACAACAAAGGCUACUUCUUCUCGUGGCGGGACCCUGCCCUGCGCGGCGUGGAGGAGGACUGGCUGAGCGCCAGGAACUACUGCCGGCAGCGCUGCAUGGACCUGGUGUCUCUGGAGACCAGCGACGAGAACGAGUGGGUCAAGGCGCGGAUCGUGCAGGAUAAGGUGAAAUACAUUUGGACUUCGGGCCGUCUAUGCGACUUCAAGGGCUGCAACCGUCCGGACUUGCUGCCCAAUGACGUCAAUGGCUGGUUCUGGACCGCUGAGCUGCAGAAGCUGGCGCCCACCACCAACCGCCAGCAGAACGACUGGUCCGAGGGCGGCGGCAUCGGCAAGCCGCAACCCGAUAACAGGGAGCUGAUCCAGGGCGGAGCAUCCGAGCAUUGCCUGGCCAUCCUGAACAACUUCUACAACGACGGCGUGCACUGGCACGACGUGGCCUGCCACCAUAGGAAGCCGUUCGUUUGCGAGGAGAACGACGCGCUCCUCAAAUACGUGCGCUACACCAACCCCAAUCUCCGAGUCUGAGCUACCAAACGAAGCAGUUUCCAAAGUCUCGAAUUUAGCAAGAUCUCCAUCGCUUCAUUCACAAUACAAGCUAUAAGCAUAAGCGACAUAAUACCAGAAUACUUAUUAUCGAUACUAAAUGAGGGCUAGUAGAUCCAAAACCUUCGGCUGUCUUCAUUGAUGAAAUCUAGCAAGAAGAUUUUUUCCACACUAAGCGCUCUAGCUGGUUACUAUAAAGAUUUAUGAGUCGUGACUCGUGAGAAGCCACAUAAAGCGGUAGUCAUAAAACUAACGAUUGUAUUGUGAAUAAAGUUUGAUAAAUGGCAAGCAAUGCUAUCAACACUGCCCAAAAGUCAAUUAUUUAUGUAACCAUCUUCUAAAUUAUCGCGGUGCUAGCUUUAAGAAUACCUCAACAUAACAUAUUUAUUCAGUAUUGUUUUCUAUGGUAGUCGUAACCGUUACAGUGGUUGUUUUAAGUUUUUAAGAUCUGUCAAUAAAGACUGGUUUAAUAAAA